CUCAAUAAUGCAACCAAAUCCGGCGGAAGCAUUUCUAUUAAAAGAUAUAAGAACUCUAGUGAAUAAUACUUUAUUUAGUGAUAUCAAAAUAAAAGGAAAUGACGGAAAAGAAAUAAAUGCUCAUCGAGUGAUAUUAGCGGUGCGUUCAGAAGUAUUCAAACGUAUGUUAUUAAACGGAAUGAAAGAAUCUUCACAAGAAGUGAUUGAAUUUCCGGAGUUUUCUUCAGAUGUUUUACAUGUCAUUAUUGAAUAUCUAUAUGCUGGAAAAGUGACAGAACACACUUUAACAAUUGAAAUAGUUGCUGAAGCUUUUCAUAGCGCUGAUUAUUUUUUACUCGAACAACUAAAACUUCAAAUUAUUGAAUUUUUCAAUAAUCAUCUAAGAAAUAAUACUGAAAACAAGUUGAAUCUUUCUGCUAAAGUUUUAUCCCGACUAUUGGAGUGUAUGGAAUCAUCUGAUAAUGAAUUUAUUGAUCUACUAUGCGAUUCAAUUAACUCAGUUUCAUUAAAGUCGAUCGAAUAUUGUAAUUUAACUGUCAAUGCAUUGGAAUAUUGUUUAUCAAAUGUCAAAAGAAAAGAAAUCAUGAUGUUUUCCUUAUCAGAAUAUGAGUUAUUUCAUUAUAUAAUAUUAUGGGCUGCAAGCGGAAUCUCAGAAGAGGCUUUAUCAUUUUAUAAGUCAUGUCUACCUUCUUCAGAAACAGUCAAAAGUCUUGAUAGGAAUAGCAAUCCGCUUAUUUAUAUACAUAAUAUACAAGGUCAUGCAAAGUAUCAGUCAAUGAUGUUAACAAAAACAUCUCCUUUACUUAAUCUUGUAAAAUUAGAACGAAUUCAUCCAUUUAUAAUUUCAAAUAUUAUUGAACCCCUUAAUGGCUUGAUUGAUUCAAAGACUUUAAUAGAUGUAUAUCGGAAGCAGGCAUUAUUUGCUGGAAAAAGCGCUUACUUUGAUUGUGUCUCAUUUCAGUGGGAUGAUAAAGCUCAUGGUAGUAAUAUAUACCUAAAUAAUACGUCUCUUAUUACAUCAAACUCUUUGUCACAUGAAUGGAUUAGAACGACAAUUCCUAUAAGCAGACAAAGUAGUAUAUUUGAGUGGAAUAUCAUGGUUGAGGAAAUGUGUAAUGGUUUUUGGGUUGGAAUUUGUACAGAAAAAGGAUUUAAUGUCGAGUACAAUUCAUGGCUUGGGAAACAAGCAUAUGGCUGGGUUUUUGGUUCUAAUGGAGUUAUUUGUCAUAAUACACAACAAGAAAAUGGACCUUAUACAAAUAAAUACGGAAAAGAGCUUAAAGAAAAUGAUAGAAUAACUGUACAUUUGGAUAUGGGAAAAAGAACUUGUUCAUUUUCCAUCAACGGAAAAAGAUAUCCUAUUGCAUUUCGUGAUUUACCUGAUGAAAUUUAUCCUGCUGUAUCUUUGAAGGCACCGGGAAGGGCGAGAAUUGAACCUCAUCAAUAUAAUUCAAUAAAAUGAAAAAAUGUAAGGUUAGUUUAUUUUAUUUUUCCAGUUUUUAAAUCUAUUCAUGUUUAAAUUUCUUGAUUAUUUAUGUUACAGUAUUUAAAAUUACAAACAAAAUAAGAGACAUCUUAUU